GACCGGCAAGAUGGCAGCGGACACGCAGGUUUGUGUCGCUGAUGUUUAAAAUGGUGCUGAUUCCUCCUCGAGAAUUUGUCAACCAAAUACUGUUGAUAAUGAAGAUGUGAUAUGAGGGAUAAUUCCUUUAUUGUGGCUGGCUGUAUGGUUUCCCAUAAUUUUUUUUUUUUGUUAAACAUUAUCCAGCUGGCUAAGCUAGCUAACUGUUACCCUGGCUAGUGCAGGCGGAGAGUGCAGAUAGCUGACGAUGUUAGCCAUAGGUAGCGUAAAUAUAGUAGCCUGCCAACUAGCAAUACGUGGCUAGCUAGCUAGUCAGUUUUCUCGUGGUGACCAAAUCCGUUGUUUGAGAUGAAUCGAAAUGCCAACUGUUGUAGAUGAGUAGGUUUUAGCCAGCCUAGUUUUUAAUUUAGUUAGCGGUUAGCUACCAUGAAACAUUUCAUGAAGUUGUUCUUGGUUGGCAACAGCCAAUUUUAGUGGGAACGUAUACUUGUUUGCUACCUAAUGUUAGCCAGUUAUGAGAAGCCAAACACGACUGUCUUCUGAAUGGAAUAUUGUAUUUGGUGACCACGCCUCAGUAUCCAGAAAUUGGAUAAAUAAAAUGUUUUAAUUGUUGUUAUGGGUGGUCUGAUCACUUUCUGCCUGAUGAUGCCAUGCCAUAAAAAUCUCAGAAGAUGUAUGUUUUCCAUCUUGAUCAAUUGAAGACUAAUUACAAGUUACAACUUCAAUCACUGUGGCAUUUUUACAGAUGCAGUACUAUUGUUUUAAAUGAUUGACUUUAUCCUAGAUACACACAUUGACAGACACAACUUUCUUUUGAUUUUGGAUGUCUGUGUGUAUUGCACAAGGUUUCGGACACACUGAAGAAAUUUGCUGUGAAAGUGACCACAGCCAGUGUAAGCGAGCGUAAGGAGGUCCUUGGCGAACUGAAACAGUGUAUUAGCGGCAAAGGUGAGUAGACAGAUGCCAAUGUAGUUGGCUUAAUUUGUUUAUUUUCUGCUCUCACUCUUUGUUUAUUUUUUGUCUUGGAUUGUCAAGAUUAAAGCAAACUGGUGUGAGUGAUUGACAAUGUGUAUGUCCUUAUAGAGCUACCAGAGCCAGCCAUCAAAGGGCUAUGCAAGCUCUUCUGUCUCACUCCACACAGAUACAGGUAGGUGCCCUCAAUUAGCCUACUGCUCUUCAGUAUUCCCCAGUUAUUGAUUUGUUGGAAGUGUGUGUUGAGUGUUAAAUGACAUGUCUUCUCUAGGGAUGCUGCAUCUCGACGAGCGCUCCUCUCUGUCAUUGGCCUACUGGCCGAGUCUCAACCUGACAUCCUAACAACCAGCCUCCUCCACUGCCUCCUCAACUGUGGAGUCAUCAGCAAGAAUGGAGCACCCAGGUAGGACAUGGGGAUAGGAAGAGGGCUAAGACUAAAUGCUUUGUAUACAUUUUACAGUGAGUUCUGUGCAAUAUUGUACUAAUAUCACCACACACUGAAUACCUUCUUUCUGUUCCCUGUCCGUCUUGUUGUGGUGUUGUCAGUAAGAGCACAGGCUCGGCUGCCUUCACUGGGCUGGCCUGGACCUGCCUGCUGGUUCGCUCUGUGUUCUUGGCUCCAGAGAAAAGAGUGGGCCCCAUUUGGAAGAAACUGGUAAGUGAACAAGGAAUCAGACACUGCUUAUAGAAGCCAUGCCUUUCUCCCAGCAAUCACUAUUUACAUAUAUACUGUGAAACGAUUUCGGCAUGAAUUUAGAUGUUGUCUAGUUCCACACAGGUGAUGGGAUGUUGGAAUUGGUUGUUAAGGGACUUGUUAAGCCCUACUACUGUUUCUACCCAUCCAUGCUUCACUAUCUUUCCUCUGACAGGUGGAGGUACAGAGUUUGCUGCUGGCUGAGGUGGUGGGUGGGGCUCAAGCAACAGCACUGAAGUCAACCCUGAAGAACCUGAGCCACCUGUGGAAAAAGGUAAGGGAGGUGUGGGGUUGGUAUUCAACGAACGCCAGACAGUUAUAAGGAAUAUUUGGACACUGUCAUCAUGGUCCAGUGUAAAAUCAAUAUCAAUCUGUUGUUUUUUCCAGAACCCUGGCCUGGCUGAUCAGUAUAUAAGCACCCUGUUGAGUCUGGAGCAGAACCCCAGCUCACUGGCUCUGCUGGGGGUGUGUCUGGACUUCUGCACAACACACAAAGACAUGGCCACCGUAGUGAAACACAAGGUGAGUCUGAUGUUAUUUUAAUUCAAUUAGAUUAAAGAUAUUUCUAUAAAAAUUUAAAAAAUUAUUGCAGAUUGAGUCAGCACAUAUGUUCACAUUUGAUAUCUGUAACCAAGCCUCUCUUUUGUUUUUAGAGUGCCAUAUUGGACCUGUAUAUGAAGGCAGUCCUCAUGAGCAAGACUAUACCACACCAACACCUAUUGGUGAGUGGAGCUGGACUGGCCCUGAAACUGCUUUUGUCAGAGAUACCCAAAGAUUGAAGUUCACAACCUAAAGACCACGCAUAGCCACAUUGAUGUGUAUUGUGAAAUAUCUUUUGGGUGUUGGUGCUGAAAAUUAUUCUCUGUAAUGUGUUUUGUGUUCCUCUGCAGGACAAGAGUGGUUCCUUGCUGCGCCAUGUCUCCCACUCUGAGUUCAAGGAGCUGCUGCUGCCUGCCCUGCAGAAGGCCAUGCUCCGCAGCCCAGAGAACGCCAUGCAGAGUGAGUACAGUAGCUAAUAUAAUAAUCAAUAUCACAACACACUUUUGUGUAUAUUAUCUACUAUGUAUUGUAGUUUUGUCCUUUCAAGAUAUCAUUUCCUCUCUCCUUCAGCCGUCUCCUGUCUACUGGCUUCAGUGACUCUUGACCUCAGUCAGUAUGCCAUGGAUAUUGGAAAAGGCAUUGCAAGUAAGUCAGGCCUUUAUUUGUAGAAAGUUAGCUUUUUGAGGAUGUUUCUCUCUGUGUGUGUGUGUGUGUAACCAGGCUGUAAUGUGUGUUUUUCAGGUCAGCUGAAGGCCAAUAACCCCCAGCUGAUGGAGCAGGCAGUGCAGGCCAUGCAGAACCUGGCCAAGCAGUGUAGCGACCCUAGCGCUGUACAGGAUGUCGUCACACAUCUCUUCAGCAUCCUGGGAGGCAAGGACAACUCACUUUACUGUCACCUAAGAAACAUUUGAGCACACAUCGCACAACACCCAAGUGUAAAGUAUAUUUUUGCACUACUGCACUAACAGAACUGUGUAUUUUCAGGGUCAGAGGGGAAGCUCACAGCGUUCGGCCAGAAGAUGAGUGUGCUGUCAGGUAGCGUUGUCACUAGUCUUCUGUCCUUCAUAACCCACACUUAGUAUGUAGUCUUGCAGACUGAUGGAUGUUGUCUUUUAACCCUUGUUUUGACUUGUUCUGUCCAGGUAUCGGCAGCUGCAGCCAUCAUGCCGUGUCAGGCACCUCCAGCCAAACUCUCAGCUCUGCAGUCGCUGUGCUGUUCAUCCCUUAUCUUCAACAAGAAGGUAAGAACUAUGUCUCAUUCCUUCCUCCUUCUUAUUCCCUUCAUCCAUAAAGAGAGGUGCUCAUGUUGUGUUUCUGUCUGUCAGUCCAUGAGGGGACUCUUGUGCAUGCGGUGGCUGUGCUGUCUCAGUGGAGUGGUCGGCUGACGGUGGAGGUCCCCAAGGCUCUGCUGGACUGGUUCAAGAAGGCCUUCACCCUCAAGACCUCCACCUCUCCUGUCCGCCACGCAUACCUGCAGGCCAUGCUGGGGGCUUUCAAAGGUCAGUUAGUCACAGGCACUGGGCAACUAUGUUACCUGUUUGUGUCUGUGAGCUUGUCUUUGAAAUUAAAUAACUCACUUGUCUAUUAUUAUUUUUAUUUUAUUUCACCUUUAUUUAACCAGGUAAGCCAGUUGAGAACAAGUUCUCAUUUACAACUGCGACUUGGCCAAGAUAAAGCAAAGCAGUGCGAUUAAAAACAACAACACAGAGUUACAUAUGGAAUAAACAAAACGUACAGUCAAUAACACAAUAGAAAAUCUAUAUACAGUGUGCGCAAAUGUAGUAAGUUAUGGAGGUAAGGCAAUAAAUAGGCCAUAGUGCAAAAUAAUUACAAUUUAGUUUUAACACUGGAGUGAUAGAUGUGCAGAAGAUGAUGUGCAAAUAGAGAUACUGGGGUGCAAAUGAGCAAAAUAAAUAACAAUGUAAAUAACAAUAUGUGGAUGAGGUAGUUGGGUGGGCUAAUUACAGAUGGGCUGUGUACAAGUGCAGUGAUCGGUAAGCUGCUCUGACAACUGAUGCUUAAAGAUAGUGAGGGAGAUAAGUGUCUCCAGCUUCAGAGAUUUUUGCAGUUCGUUCCAGUCAUUUGCAGCAGAGAUCUGGAAGGAAUGGCGGCCAAAGGAGGUGUUGGCUUUGGGGAUGACCAGUGAGAUAUACCUGCUGGAACGCAUACUACGGGUGGGUGUUGCUAUUGAUCCAGUUCUACGGAAUGCAGGAGGCACAGAAUCAAAGCCCUGCCCUCUCUCUCCUCUCCAGGUGACACUCUAGGACAGGUAUCUGACCUCGUGCCCCUCCUCCUCCAGACAGUGGAGAAGGCUGCGGCCCAGAACUCCCAGCAUGCUCUGCUCUCAGAGGGCGUGGCUGCUGCUGUUCUCCUGAGUCGACUGUCUCUGCUGGAGACCCAGACAGGUGAGAGAAUUUAGAUUUAGUAUCAUAACACCCCAUGAUUAGUGAAGGUUGAGGUUCCCAGUAGGGGACAGCGUCCUUGUUCAUCAGUUUAGAGACUGACAUAGAAUAUUGUUUGUCUUUGCUGCAGAGGCCAAGUUGGCUGGCUUCUGGACCCUGAUCCUGGAUGAGAAGAAACCUUUAUUCACCACAGGGAAGUUCCUCUCCCAGGCCAGUGAGGAAGGUGAGGCAUAAUAAACACGGUACACAUUACAAAAUGAGCUUAAACACUAAUGCAGAAGGUCAGUAAUCACACAAGUGUCAAGAUAUGGGAUGACAUUGAGUAGUAAAUCUGUCUUUCACCCCAGCGUUGUGCACAGUGAUACAGCUGUGUGAGAGAAUUUUCUUGGACCACUCCCACCGACUCACCAACGGCAAAUCACCGUGAGUGAUUGUUUUACUGUCUCAGUUUUUCUGAAUUUGUAUCAGCAUUUUGCAGAACACGUUUCCACAUUUAGUGCUCCUUAAGUGUUGACUCUUUCUGCUCUUCUCACCUGUUAGGAUGUACCACCGUGCCACUGUGGCGGUGCUGCUGUCUCGUAGUUGGCGCGUGCGGAAGCGGGCACAGCAGACCGUGAAGAAGCUGCUCUCCUCCCUGGGUGGCUCCGGCCUGGCCCAUGGCCUUCUGGGAGAACUCAGAGUGGUCAUCAACAAACAUAAGGUACGAAUAGUUGACUGUGAGGCACUAAGAAUUUUUAUAGAUUUGUAGUGGCAGCUCUCACCUCAGUGGUACUAUAAACUAGUAAUGACUGAAUGAUUAAAUUGGGAUGUUAAGUAAAAAUAUUUUAAUUGAUUUGUAGUGUAAUAUGAAUCUCUACAUUAUCCCUUUGUCAUUGACUAUAUACUGUGUCUUUGUCUUUCCCAAGGUGUUGCCUCAGGAGGUGCUGCAGACAGAGUCAGGGGAGUUGUCUGAGGUGGGCAAGGCCUACAGUCCCCCCCGUGUCCUGCUGGAGGCGCUGUGUGUGGUGUGCACUGUGGCUGGCCAGUGGAACGACCCAGCCGAGGCAGACAAGAUGGCCAUGGAUAUCCUCGUCAUCACCCACCAUCCCUCCAUAGGUCUGUUGGUUUACUUGUUACUGCACUCUACAGCAUCUUUUACACAACUAGGGAUGGGCAAGGUUAAUCAAAUAUCCGGAUAUCUGAACGGACGUUAGUAUUCGAUUACGUGUGUUAAUUUUCAGAUACAUUUUUAGGCCUAUUUUAACGAAAAAGCUUUGUUUAAAUUAUAUUCCAUGGAUAAACCAUGCCAUUUGAAAUUCUUAAUUUAAUAAAUAAACUAACUCUUGAAUGUAGUUUUUAUAACUGUGCGUUGAGCUACUGCUGCGCAUUUAUCCCUCCAGGCUGCCCUGACAUCAGUAUGCUAUUUUCCCCACUUCAAAUAGCAAUUACAUGCGCUCACCUAACGUUUCCACAAUACCUGACACAGAUCAAUGCAAAGCACUUAUUACAUUUUAUGUUUUGGUUUUGUAUUAUCACUUUCUUUUAAAUAUUGCAUUGUUUUAAAAUGAUAUGCAGAAUCUUUUUGUAACAGAAUCAAUUCUAUCAUGGCGAAAAUCGUAUCUUUCGUUGUUGCUGUUAGCCAAAUUACUGGAGAAAAGCAGCGUGUGCGCUGUUUACCUCUGCCAUGUACAUUUGCGUCAUUCUGAUUGGUCGAGAUUCAAUAGUAAAGAUCUUUUCUUUUUUUGAAUUUCGAUUAUCAGGUUUUCUGAAAAAGUAUGAUAUUAUUUGAAUAGUGAAAUUAUUUCAAAUGCCCAUCCCUAGUAUAAACCCACUACUAGUACUGACAUAUUUUCUCCCCCCUCUACUCUCUGACGAUGCAGUUGAAGCUCGACCUGGUCUCUGGCCGCACCUGCUGUCCAGCAUGAACAUCAAGGCAGAUGAGUUCAUAGACAAGAACCUGGAUGACAUUCUGCCACGGCUGUUGCAGGCCAACACUGACAAUCAGGUCCGAACAUAUUUCACAUAUUGACAUCCUUAUAUUAGAUGUACACAUACAUACUUACACUCACAGCCAAGGGUUGGUUGAGGCCUACUUUUGCUCUUGGUGAUUGGAUGAGACAAGCCUAUGGUCCAACUUGUCAUGUUCUCUUAUUGGCUGACUGAUGUUAGGUCCUCUUGUUUCACCAGGCUAUAAGGAAUGCGGUCGGUGCCCUGUCCGGUCUCUCUCCCAUCAAGCUGCUGCCACGGGUGAUGGAGCAUGUGACACAGUGGCUGUCCAAUCCUGCAUUGCGGCAGGUCACCAGAGAGGAGUACGCCAUCAUGUUCACCCCUGAGGGAGAGCUGUAUGAUAAGAGCAUCAUCCAGAGGUAGGACACUAACACACUGUAAGAGCUGUUCUGUGGGUUUAACAUUGUAGACAGCAAGAACGCUAAUCAUUGUUUCAAAGACCUUGGCUAUGUUGAUUUCUUUGUUGCUUGUAACUAAAGCUUGUUUCAACAUUUCAUUCUCUUCCUCCCACCUCCCAUGUCCUGUGCAGUGCCCAGCAGGAGAGCACUAAGAAGGGCAACAUGAAGAGGGAGAACAAGGCCUACUCGUAUAAGGAACAGAUCAUCGAGCUAGAGCUGCAAGAGGUGAGACUGGGGGCUAUGAUUGAUCAACUAGAUGGAGAGAGGCCUGUUAACUGUUGUACACCUACCUCUUACCGUAGAAAGUAUUCACACCCCUUGACUUUUUCCACAUUUUGUUGUUACAGCCUGAAUUUAAAAUGGAUUGAAUUUAGAUUUUUUGUCACUGGCCUACACACAAUACUCCAUAAUGUCAAAGUGGAAUUAUGUUUUUAGAAAUUGUUACAAAUUAAUUAAAAAUGACAAGCUGAAAUGUCUUGAGUCAAUAAGUAUUCAACCCCUUUGUUAUGAAGAGCCUAAAUAAGUUCAGGAGUAAAACAAAUGUCUUUACAAGUCACAUAAGUUGCAUGGGCUCACUGUGUGCAGUAAUAGUGUUUAAGAUUAUUUUUUAAUGACUACCUCAUCUCUACCCCACACAUAGAAUUAUCUGUAACGUCCCUCAGUCGAGCAUUGAAAAUGCUAACACAGAUUCAACCACAAAGGCCAGUGAGGUUUUCCAUGCCUCGCAAAGAACGGAACCUAUUGGUAGAUGGGUAAAAAAAAAUGCAAACAUUGAAUAUCCCUUUGAGCAUGGUACACUUUGGAUGGUCUAUCAACACACCCAGUCACUACAAAGAUACAGGCGUCCUUCCUAACUCAGUAGCCAGAGAGAAAGGAAACCGCUCAGGGAUUUCACCACGAGGCCAAUAGUAAAUUUAAAACUGUUAGAGUUUAAUGGCUGUGAUUGGAGAAAACUGAGGAUGUAUCAACAACAUUGUAGUAUCUCCACAAUACUAACCUAAUUGACAGAGUGAAAAGAAGGAAUCCUGUACAGAAUCAAAAUAUUCCAAAACAUCAGUGUUGGAAAAAGUACACAAUUGUCAUACUUGAGUAAAAGUAAAGAUACCUUAAUAGAAAAUUACUCAAGUAAAAGUGAAAGUCACCCAAUAAAAUACUACUUGAGUAAAAGUAUAAAAGUAUUUGGUUUAAAAUAUACUUAAGUGUCAAAAGUAAAUGUAAUUGCAAAAAUAUACGUAAGUAUUAAAUGUACAAGUAUGAAUAAUUUCAAAUUCCCUAUAUUAAGCAAACCAGAUGGCACCAUUUUUAAAUGUAUUUAUUUAUUUACAGAUAGCCAGUGGCGCACUCCAACACAAUUUACAAACAAAGCAUUUGUGUUUAGUGAGUCCGCCAGACCAGAGGCAAUGGGGAUGACCAGGGAUGUGCUCUUGAUAAGUGCUUGAAUUGGACCAUUUAUCUGUCCUGCUAAGCAUUCAACAUGUAAUGAGUAUUUUUGGGUGUCAGGGAAAAUGAAUGGAGCAGAAAGUACAUAAUUUUCAUUAGGAAUGAAGUGAAAGUUGUCAAAUAUAAAUACUAAAAUACAGAUACCCAAAAAAACUACUUAAGUAGUACUUUAAAAGUAUUUUAACUUAUGUACUUUACACCACUGCAAAACAUGCAUCCUGUUUGCAUUAAGGCACUAAAGUAAAACUGCAAAACAUGUGGCAAAGCAAUUCACUUUUUGUCCUGAAUACAAAGUGUGAUGUUUGGGGCAAAUCCAAUACAACACAUUGAGUACCACUCUCCAUAUUUUCAAGCAUAGUGGUGGCUGCAUCAUGCUAUGGAUAUGCUUGUAAUUGUUAAGGAUUGAGGAGUUUUUCAGGAUAACAAUUAAACGGAAUGGAGUUAUGCACAGGCAAAAUCCUAGAGGAAACCUGGUUGUCUGCUUUCCACCAGACACUGGGAGAUGAAUUCACCUUUCAGCAGGACAAUAACCUAAAACACAAGGCCAAAUAUACACUGGAGUUGCUUACCAAGAAGACAGUGAAUGUUGCUGAGUGGCCAAGUUACAGUUUUGACUGAAAGCUACUUGAAAAUCUAUGGCAAGACCUGAAAAUGGUAGUCUACCAAUGACCAACAAUCAAUUUGACGGAGCAUAAAACAUUUUGAAAAUGGGCAAAUGUUGCACAAUCCACUUGUGGAAAGCUCUUAGAGACUUACCUAGAAAGACUCACAGCUGUAAUCUCUGCCAAAGGUGAUUGUACAAAGUAUUGACUCAGGGCUGUGAAUACUUUUAAUUUUCAAUACAUUUGCAAAAAUGUCUAGAAACAUGUUUUACUUUGUCAUUAUGGGGUAUUGUGUGUAGAUGGUUGAGACAAAAAAAAUACAAAAAAUCAAUUUUGAAUUCAGGCUGUAACACAACAAAAUGUGGAAUAAGUCAAGGGGUAUGAAUACUUUUUGAAGGCACUAUGUAUGGGCUAAUAGAUGCAGGAUGGUAUUAGUACUGUUUGAUGAUCCUCUUAUCAGAGAAUGUAAACUGAACAAAAAUAUACAUGCAACAAUUUCAAAGAUUUCACAGAGUUACAGUUCAUAUAAGGAAAUCAGUCAAUUGAAAUAAAUUCAUUAGACCCUAAUCUAUGGAUUUGACAUGACUGGGAAUACAGAAAGCAUCUGUUGGUCACAGAUACCUUUUUAAAAAAUGGUAGGGGCGUGGAUCAGAAAACCAGCCAGUAUCUGGUGUGACCACCAUUUGCGUCAUGCAGCGUGACACAUCUCCUUCGCGUAGAGUUGAUCAGGCUGUUGAUUGUGGAAUGUUGUUCCUCUCCUCUUCAAUGGCUGUGCGAAGUUGCUGGAUAUUGGCGGGAACUGGAACAUGUUGUCAUACACGUUGAUACAGAGCAUCCCAAACAUGCUUAAUUAGUGACAUGUCUGGUAAGUACAGUGGGGAGAACAAGUAUUUGAUAAACUGCCGAUUUUGCAUGUUUUCCUUACUUACAAAGCAUGUAGAGGUCUGUAUGUUUUAUCAUAGGUACACUUCAACUGUGAGAGACGGAAUCUAAAGCAAAAACCCAGAAAAUCACAUUGUAUGAUUUUUAAGUAAUUAAUUUGCAUUUUAUUGCAUGACAUAAGUAUUUGAUACAUCAGAAAAGCAGAACUUAAUAUUUGGUACAGAAACCUUUGUUUGCAAUUACAGAGAUCAUAUGUUUCCUGUAGGUCUUGACCAGGUUUGCACACACUGCAGCAGGGAUUUUGGCCCACUCCUCCAUACAGACCUUCUCCAGAUCCUUCAGGUUUCGGGGCUGUCGCUGGGUAAUACGGACUUUCAGCUCCCUCCAAAGAUGUUCUAUUGGGUUCAGGUCUGGAGACUGGCUAGGCCACUCCAGGACCUUGAGAUGCUUCUUACGGAGCCACUCCUUAGUUGCCCUGGCUGUGUGUUUCGGGUCGUUGUCAUGUUGGAAGACCCAGCCACGACCCAUCUUCAAUGCUCUUACUGAGGGAAGGAGGUUGUUGGCCAAGAUCUCGCGAUACAUGGCCCCAUCCAUCCUCCCCUCAAUAAGGUGGAGUCGUCCUGUCCCCUUUGCAGAAAAGCAUCCCCAAAGAAUGAUGUUUCCACCUCCAUGCGUCACAGUUGGGAUGGUGUUCUUGGGGUUGUACUCAUCCUUCUUCUUCCUCCAAACACGGCGAGUGGAGUUUAGACCAAAAAGCUAUAUUUUUGUCUCAUCAGACCACAUGACCUUCUCCUAUUCCUCCUCUGGAUCAUCCAGAUGGUCAUUGGCAAACUUCAGACGGGCCUGUACAUGCGCUGGCUUGAGCAGGGGGACCUUGCGUGCGCUGCAGGAUUUUAAUCCAUGACGACGUAGUGUGUUACUAAUGGUUUUCUUUGAGACUGUGGUCCCAGCUCUCUUCAGGUCAUUGACCAGGUCCUGCCGUGUAGUUCUGGGCUGAUCCCUCACCUUCCUCAUGAUCAUUGAUGUCCCACGAGGUGAGAUCUUGCAUGGAGCCCCAGACCGAGGGUGAUUGACCGUCAUCUUGAACUUCUUCCAUUUUCUAAUAAUUGCGCCAACAGUUGUUGCCUUCUCACCAAGCUGCUUGCCUAUUGUCCUGUAGCCUAUCCCAGCCUUGUGCAGGUCUACAAUUUUAUCCCUGAUGUCCUUACACAGCUCUCUGGUCUUGGCCAUUGUGGAGAGGUUGGAGUCUGUUUGAUUGAGUGUGUGGACAGGUGUCUUUUAUACAGGUAACGAGUUCAAACAGGUGCAGUUAAUACAGGUAAUGAGUGGAGAACAGGAGGGCUUCUUAAAGAAAAACUAACAGGUCUGUGAGAGCUGGAAUUCUUACUGGUUGGUAGGUGAUCAAAUACUUAUGUCAUGCAAUAAAAUGCAAAUGAAUUACUUAAAAUCAUACAAUGUGAUUUUCUGUAUUUUUGUUUUAGAUUCCGUCUCUCACAGUUGAAGUGUACCUAUGAUAAAAAUUACAGACCUCUACAUGCUUUGUAAGUAGGAAAACCUGCAAAAUCGUCAGUGUAUCAAAUACUUGUUCUCCCCACUGUAUGCAGUUGUGUUCAUUGUCUGUAGCUUAUCCCUGCCCAUACCAUAACCCCACCGCCACCAUGGGGCACUCUGUUCACAACGUUGACAUUGGCAAACCGCUCGCCACAUGAUGCCAUACACGCUGUCUGCCAUUGUCCCGGUACAGUUGAAACCGGGAUUCAUCCAUGAAGAGCACACUUCUCCAGCGUGCCAGCGGCCAUCGAAGGUGAGAAUUUGCCCACUGAAGUCGGUUACAACGCUGAACUGGUGAGGACAACGAGCACGCAGAUGAGCUUCCCUGAGACGUUUUCUGACAAUUUGUGCAGAAAUUCUUUGGUUGUGCAAAGCGACAGUUUCAUCAGCUGUCCGGGUGGCUGGUCUCAGAUGAUCCAGCAGGUGAAGAAGCCGUCCUGGGUUGGCGUGGUUACACGUGGUCUGCGGUUGUGAGGCCGGUUGGACAUAUUGCCAAUUCUCUGGCAACAGCUCUGGUGGACAUUCCUGCAGUCAGCAUGUCAAUUGCGCACUCCCUCAAAACUUGAGACAUCUGUGGGAUUGUGUUUUGUGACAAAACUGCACAUCUUAGAGUGGCCAAUAUAUUGUCCCCAGCACAAGGGGCACCUGUGUGAUCUUUUUAUAUAUAUAUUUAUUUUUCUUAUUUUUUUACCCCUUUUUCUCCCCAAUUUCGUGGUAUCCAAUUGGUAGUUAAAGUCGUGUCCCAUCGCUGCAACUCCCGUACGGACAUGGGAGAGGCGAAGGUCGAGAGCCGUGCGUCCUCCGAAACACAACCCAACCGAGCCGCACUGCUUCUUGACACAAUGCCUGCUUAACCCGGAAGCCAGCCGCACCAAUGUGUGGGAGGAAACACCGGCCCGCCACAGGAGUCGCUAGUGCACGAUGGGACAAGAACAUCCCUGCCGGCCAAACCCUAACCUGGACGACGCUGGGGCAAUUGUGCGCCGCCCCAUGGGUCUCCCGGUCGCGGCCGGCUGCGACAGAGCCUGGACUCGAACCAGCAUCUCUAGUGGCACAGCAUGAUCAUGUUGUUUAAUCAGCUUCUUGAUAUACCCGACCUGUCUGGUGGAUGGAUUAUCUUGGCAAAGGAGAAAUGCUCACUAACAGGGAUGUAAACAAAUUGGUGCAGAACAUUUUAGAGAAAUAUGCUUUUUGUGUGGAUGGACAAUUUCUGGGGUCUUUUAUUUCAACUCAUGAAACAUGGGACCAACACUUUGCAUGUUGCGUUUAUAUUUUUGUUCAGUAUAAUAGCUCUAAGUUGAAUUACGAUUUAACCAUAAUUAAUUGAAGAAAGUAGAGUUAUCAUGAAAUUAACUGGGAUUUCUAUGUCUGUGUUUUAGGAGAUCAAGAAGAAGAAAGGCAUCAAAGACGAGUUGCAGCUGACCAGCAAACAGAAGGAGAUGAUGCAAGCCCAGCUGGAGAAAGAGUCCUCCAUUCGCAAGAGACUACAAGGGGUACGGCCAGACACUUUAACAUUUUUCACACUUAUCCUGUUUCUCAAACGUUAAACUGUAGACAUUGACAUAAUAAUGUUCCUGUUGAUUGAUUGAUUGAUCGACUGUUGUGUGGUUGUCAGUUGGACAUGGAGCUGCAGUGUGCGGUGGGUCUGCUGGAGGCAACGUUGAUCCAGAAGCCUCCCCAGAUCUCCUGGCAGCUCCCAGGGGUCCUCCAGGUCCUACUGCCCCUCCUCCACUCCCCCCUGGCCGCCCCACGCCUGCAGCAGGCCUUCCUCGACAUAGGAGCCUGCCUCAUGCCCACAGAGCUGCACUACCUUGGUACAUAUAAUAGAUGGUGUAAUUUAUUCCAUUUAGCUGAGGCUUUUAUCCAAAGCAUAGACUAAUACACUCAGGAGAGCUUUCCUCUCACUUCCCUCUUAUGUCCUUGUUCACACACCUUCACAGAUCUGACAGGACUGGAUAGGAGAAAAUAACAUGAUGGAAACUCCACCUAGCCUACAUGAAAACUAUGUGGAGUUAUUGCUUAUACCUGUCCAUUUGUCUCCGAUCUUUAAAUGGGAGUGAACAAAGAUAAAAUGGAGGGAAAUACUUUCUACUUUCUGUGAUGAAACUUUCUCUAAUCUCCUGCAUGGUCUACUCAUGAUUUUCUCUACAGCUGUGCUGGUGGGCCAGGUGACACUGCGCCUGAUGAAACCUGAGUGUCAUCUGGACGAGGCCUGGGGACAGGAGGAUCUAGAAACAGCCACCCAGCGCACGGUCGGGCUGCUGCACAUGCACACUGUCCCACACAGAGAGGGAAAGGCUGGUGGUGAGCACACACACACACAGAGAGGGCAAGACUUGUGAAGAAACACUGACACAAUACAGACAUACAUCAACAUAAUUAUACCUGCUGGUGGCCUAAUGCUCUCAUCCUGUUGUUUCAGACAUGGCUCCGCUGUCUGCCCCAGCCUUCUCCUUCUGUUUCCCCCUGCUCAACACCGUGCUCAGGGACUCCUCAGGCAGCACUGAGGAGACGGAGAGCAUGCAGGUCCGCGCCCUGCAGGUCAUUAAUGUGCAUGCUCAACUUCGCGCUGAGGUUGACACCUCAGACAUACUCAUCGAUGAGGUAAGAGUUGAUCAAGUUUAUCGUCUAGCAGUGUGUUGUUACCUCCCUUUGUCUGAGGCGUUCUCCUAUCAACGUAUAAUACUCCUAUGAACGUAUAAUACUGCUAUCAACGUAUAAUACUGCUAUCAACGUAUAAUACUGCUAUCAACGUAUAAUACUGCUAUCAACGUAUAAUACUGCUAUCAACGUAUAAUACUCCUAUCAACGUAUAAUACUGCUAUCAACGUAUAAUACUGCUAUCAACGUAUAAUACUGCUAUCAACGUAUAAUACUGCUAUCAACGUAUAAUACUGCUAUCAACGUAUAAUACUGCUAUCAACGUAUAAUACUGCUAUCAACGUAUAAUACUGCUAUCAACGUAUAAUACUGCUAUCAACGUAUAAUACUCCUAUCAACGUAUAAUACUGCCUAUCAACGUAUAAUACUGCUAUCAACGUAUAAUACUGCUAUCAACGUAUAAUACUCCUAUCAACGUAUAAUACUCCUAUCAACGUAUAAUACUGCUAUCAACGUAUACUACUCCUAUCAACGUAUAAUACUGCUAUCAACGUAUAAUACUCCUAUCAACGUAUAAUACUGCUAUCAACGUAUAAUACUCCUAUCAACGUAUAAUACUGCUAUCAACGUAUAAUACUCCUAUCAACGUAUAAUACUGCUAUCAACGUAUAAUACUCCUAUCAACGUAUAAUACUCCUAUCAACGUAUAAUACUCCUAUCAACGUAUAAUACUCCUAUCAACGUAUAAUACUGCUAUCAACGUAUAAUACUCCUAUCAACGUAUAAUACUCCUAUCAACGUAUAAUACUGCUAUCAACGUAUAAUACUCCUAUCAACGUAUAAUACUUGUCGUCUCUUCCUAAACUCUCCACUCUGGCUGGCUAUCAUAGACAAAGGGCUUAUGUUUGUAUGACUUGUCUCUCUGUUUUGUCUCUCAGAAUGGACCUGAGCUGCUACCUCGUUUCAGUAUGCUGCUGCUCCUGACCAGAGUCAUCUCCACUGCAGCACCCAGACUGCAGGUACACACUCCAACACCAUGCUUCUACCACAUUUACAGACAAAUACUAACCAGUAGAGCUAUCACAUACGUUUAUACAGUGUGUCCGAGUGUAGAUCUGUAAUUGUGUGUGUUUCAGGUGCUGGCGUCCCAGUGUCUGACGGCGGUAUGUGCCAGUGCAGGAGGAGAAAAGGGCUGUGCUCUGGCUGAGCAGAAUGAGAUAGAUGUCCUGCUGGAGGCUCUGCUCUCCCCCUGCUUCUCUGUCAGAGACGCUGCCCUCAGGGUGAGGAAAUAGUGUGUGUCUGUGUGUGUGUACUGUGUGUAGGUCUUUGGAUGUGUGUUAAUGUCCCACCUCUCUCUCUGUCCAGGGCCUGUUGGAGAUGGAGAUGGCUCUGCCUACAGAAAGUACAGAUGCCAAUGGUCUGCGUGUUCUCCGCAGGCUGUGGGUGUCCAGGUUUGAUGUGGAGGAGCAGUGCAGGACCCUGGCUGAGAAGUGAGUAGCUAACGUCGUCCCCUCUAUGUAAUACUUAGCUAGUUGAAUAUAGCUCCCGUCUUCAAAAUUACUUUGCUUUCGAGAAGUAGCGCGUCUCUCCUCUCAUGUAGCGUAGCUGCUGUGACUGACCAUACCACUCUGCUCCCCUUCUGUCCCCCAGGCUGUGGCAGGCUCUGUGUCUGGAGCUGGUCCCUGAGCUGUGCUCUCUGCUCAUUGGGGAUGUGACCCACCAUGAGGAGGCUGUGCGUACUGCCGGGGCUGAGGCUCUGUCCAGUGCCAUCAGCGAGUACCGCGACCAGUCCCCCACUGUCCUGGGUCAGCUCAAUGAGCUCUACCACCAGAAACUCUAUGUGAGUCUCCCUCCCCAUGGCCCUCCUAUCACAGCUCAGGAAUAGCCACUAGUCAGGUAUCAAGAGUGGUGUGUUGUUGUAAGAUCCGCUAUAUAUAAAAAGGUAUGUGGACACCCCUUCAAAUUAGUGGAUUCAGCUAUUUCAGCCACACCUGUUGCUGAUGGGUAUAAAAUCGAGCACACAGCCAUGCGAUCUCCAUAGACAAACAUUGGCAGUAGAAUGGCCUUGAAAAGCUCAGUGACUUUCAACCUGGCACUGUCAUAGGAUGCCACCUUUCCAACAAGUCAGUUGGUCAAAUUUCUGCCCUGCUAGAGCUGCCCUGGUCAACUGUAAGUGCUGUUAUUGUGAAGGGGAAACAGCUCAGCCACGAAGUGGUAGGCCACACAAGCUCACAGAACAGGACCGCAGUGUGCUAAAGCGCGUAAAAAUCCUUUGUCCUCGGUUGCAACACCAACUACUGAGUUCCAAACUGCCUAUGGAAGCAACGUCAGCACAAUAACUGUUAGUCGGGAGCUUCAUGAAAUGGUUUCCAUGGCCGAGCAGCCACACACAAACCUAAGAUCACCAUGCGCAAUGCCAAGCGUCAGCUGUAGUGGUGUAAUGCUCGCCGCCAUUGGACUCUGGAGCAAUGGAAACGCGUUCUCUGGAAUGAUGAAUCACGCGUCACCAUCUGGCAGUCCGACGGACGAAUCUGGGUUUGGCAGAUGCCAGGAGAACGCUACCUGCCCCAAUACAUAGUGCCAACUAAAGUUUGGUGGAGGAGGAAUAAUGGUCUUGGGACUGUUUGUCAUGGUUCAGGCUAGGCCCCUUAGUUCCAGUGAAGGGAAAUCUUAACACUGCAGCAUACAAUGACAUUCUAGACGAUUCUGUGCUUCCAACUUUGUGGCAACCGUUUGGGGAAGGCCCUUUCCUGUUUCAGGAUGACGAUGCCCCCGUGCACAAUGUGAGGUCCAUUCAGAAAUGGUUUGUUGAGAUCGGUGUGGAAGAACUUGACUGGCCUGCACAGAGCCCUGACCUCAACCCCAUCGAACACCUUUGGGAUGAAUUGGAACGCUGACUGCGAGCCAGGCCUAAUAGCCCAACAUCAGUGCCCAACCUCACUAAUGCUCUUGUGGCUGAAUGGAAGCAAGUCCCCACAGCAAUGUUCCAACAUCUAGUGGAAAGCCUUCCCAGAAGAGUGGAGGCUGUUAUAGCAGCAAAGGGGGGACCAACUCCAUAUGCAUGCCCAUGAUUUUGGAAUGAGAGCAGGUGUCCACAUACUUCUGGUCAUGUAUUGUAGAACCAUGGUCAAUGUGAAACUGUUGUCUUUUUACAGAGACCCCCUCCUGUCCUGGAUGCUUUAGGACGAGUCAUCUCUGAACAACCACCUGACCAGUGGGAAGCCAGGUAAGAGAACGCUCUGCCACUCAACAAUGUUGAUACAACUCUUAUUCCAGUGUAUAGCACUGGGUGAUGAUAAUGUUGAUAGCUUUCUAUAUCCUAAUUUGCUGUGUUUUUAAGUGGGACCACCUUGUUGCGUGGUGUCUAAGGGUGUGUUGGUGUCUGCAGGUGUGGAAUCGCCCUGGCUCUGAACAAGCUGUGUCAGUACCUGGAUGAGCCCCAGGUCACCCCUCUCUUCCUGUUCUUUGUUCCUGACGCCCUGAAUGACCGUCACCCUGAGGUGCGGCGCUGCAUGCUGGACGCUGCCCUCUCUGCCCUCAACACACAUGGAAAGGUACCAACAUUCUUUAUUUACUCUAGACAACCACACGCAUCUCCUGGCACCCAAUGCAACGGCUCCUCUCUCAAUGGACUGCUACAGUAUAUCCGUUUUCUUUCUGAGUAGUGUGUUGUGUUGUGUUCAAGGACAAUGUGAGCUCCCUGCUCCCCGUGUUCGAGGAGUUUCUGAAGAACGCCCCACAGGAUGCCAGCUACGACUCAGUCCGCCAGAGUGUGGUCAUCCUAAUGGGCUCUCUGGCCAAACAUCUGGAAAAGAGUGAUCCCAAGGUCAAACCCAUCGUGGCCAAGCUCAUCACAGCACUCUCCACACCGUCACAGCAGGUACUGGAAAAAUCCCUUUAAGAGUGUGCUCCUAAUCUCAGUUUGUUACCUGUAUAAAAUACACCUGGGAGCCAGAAAUCUUUCUGAUUGAGAGGGGGUCAAAUACUUAUUUCCCUCUUUAAAAUGCAAAUCAAUUUAUAACAUUUUUGACAUGCGUUUUUCUGGAUUUUUUUGUUGUUAUUCUGUCUCUCACUGUUCAAAUAAACCUACCAUUAAAAUUAUAGACUGGUCAUUUCUUUGUCAGUGGGCAAACGUACAAAAUCAGCAGGGGAUCAAAUAAUCCUUUCCCUCACUGUAGGUUUCAUCUUGAUUUCUAUAACCUAUAUGCAUUGACCUUUACAAUGAAAUGCCUUUACAUUGUCACAUUGGCCUCAGCUGAGCAUCACUAAGCCUUCUUAUGGUAAUCGUGAUCUUGUCUGUCUCUUUCCUCCCUCAGGUCCAGGAGUCUGUGGCUAGCUGCCUGCCUCCUCUGGUCCCUGCCAUCAGGGAGGAUGCUGGGGGGAUGGUGCGUAAGCUGCUGCAGCUGCUGCUGGAGAGUGACAAGUACGCUGAGAGGAAGGGUGCGGCCUACGGCCUGGCAGGCCUGGUCAAAGGCCUGGGCAUCCUGGCCCUCAAACAGCAGGACAUCAUGAGCACCCUGAGCGACGCCAUCCAGGACAAGAAGAACUUCCGACGCAGAGAGGGUCAGUGACUCCUUGCCAGUUGCUUAACCUUGCUGGGCUCUAUGGUGUAGUUUGUUCACCCGCUAUCUUUGCCUGUGAUUUCUAACACUUAACUCUCUCGGUCUUCUCCAGGUGCCCUGUUUGCCUUUGAGAUGCUGUGCAACAUGCUGGGGAAGCUGUUUGAGCCCUAUGUGGUCCACGUGCUGCCCCACCUCCUGCUCUGCUUUGGGGACGGGAACCAGUACGUCAGAGAGGUAGAGUUAACAUUACCAGCUUCUCAUUUCAAUCCCACCUACUUUCUCUCUUUAUCCCGCUUUCUCACACACUUCUCACUCAACACUACUUUUCCACCUAAUAAUUCUCACAUUCACUCACGUUUUGUUGUGCAUUACGCUCUACCUAACGUAACUGCCCUUUUCCAGGCGGCAGAUGACUGUGCCAAGGCGGUGAUGAGGAACCUGAGUGCCCACGGGGUGAAGUUGGUGCUGCCCUCCCUGCUGGUGGCUCUGGAGGAGGAGUCCUGGAGGACCAAAGCAGGUGAGGGUCCACCCACUGCAUCAUGGGCCUUUUUUUGAGAGCUGUGCCAUGUUAUCCCAAAUGAUAGGAUUGAACCAUUCAGCAAUCACCUGAUGGUAACCACAUCCUUGUCUUGUCCUCCCUUCCUUUGCCCCCACUCUGCUCCCAAUUUAUCUCUCUCUCCUUAAUCCUUAUACUCUCCCCUAUCUACUCUACUUUCCUCCUCCAGGUUCUGUGGAGCUCCUGGGUGCCAUGGCAUACUGUGCCCCUAAGCAGCUGUCCUCCUGCCUGCCCAGCAUUGUGCCCAAGCUGACCGAGGUGCUGACUGACUCCCAUGUCAAAGUGCAGAAUGCCGGCCAACAGGCCUUACGACAGAUCGGCUCUGUCAUCCGCAACCCUGAGAUCCUAGGUAUGGAGGGCUGUGCUCAACUCUGAGAUUUAGCUAUAGAAAUGCAAAAAUUCAGUUAAAAAAAAUUCUGUUAAUUUUACUUAUACAUCUGUACAGUUGUGUGAAAGUAAUUAAGUAAUUUUUUAUAUCUGUACUCUACUUUACCAUGUAUAUGUUUGACUACUUUUACUUCACUACAUUCCUAAAGAAAAAUAAUGUACUUUUAAUUCCAUACAUUUUCCCUGACACCCGAAAGUACUCGUUACAUGUUGAACAGCAAAAUGGUCUAAUUCACACACUUAUCAAGAGAACAUCCCUGGUCAUCCCUACUGCCUCUGAUCUGGCGGACUCACUAAACACACAUGCUUCAUUUGUAAAUUAUGUCUGAGUGGGGCCCUGGCUAUCAGUACAUUUUAAAAACAAUAAAAUGGUGCCGUCUGGUUUGCUUGAUAUGAAUUUGAAAUGGUUUAUACUUUUACUUUUGACAUUUAUGUAUAUUUAAAACCAAAUACUUUUAGACUUUUACUCAAGUAGUAUUUUACUGGGUGACUCACUUUUACUUGAGUCAUUUUCUAUUACUGUAUCUUUUACUCAAGUAUGACAAUUGGGUACUUUUUCCACAAAUGCAUAUGUAGGGGUAAUACAGAUACCGAUUGGUAUUUUAGGGUGGUCACGAACAGUGUUUCUGUCCCCCUCUCAGCCAUAACCCCCAUCCUGCUGGACGCCCUCACUGAUCCCUCCCGUAAGACCCAGAACUGCCUGCAGACGCUGCUGGACACCAAGUUUGUCCACUUCAUCGACGCCCCCUCCCUGGCCCUCAUCAUGCCCAUCGUCCAGAGGGCCUUCCAGGACCGCUCCACUGACACUCGCAAGAUGGCUGCUCAGAUCAUCGGCAACAUGUACUCCCUCACUGACCAGAAGGUACAUAGCAACACUGGGAUAUUGAGCUGCAUUGUACCACAAUUCAUCAAUUGAUCUUCUCAAAAUGCUCUAAGUUUAUAAUAUAUGUGUUUCUAAUGGUUGACACAAUGUGUUUGUCUCUUUGUGUUACAGGACCUGUCCCCAUACCUGCCCAGUGUCAUUCCUGGACUCAAAGCCUCUCUGCUGGACCCUGUGCCUGAGGUAUGUGCCUGUGCCUAACAGCUCAACAACAAACACGUUAACGUUAAGUGGUUUGGUUACCUGAUAACUCUCUCUCUCCUCUCAGGUGCGUACAGUGUCAGCCAAGGCCCUGGGUGCCAUGGUGAAGGGCAUGGGUGAGUCUUGCUUUGAUGACCUGAUGCCCUGGCUCAUGGAGACCCUGGCAUCUGAGCAGAGCUCUGUGGACCGCUCUGGAGCUGCCCAAGGUCUGGCUGAAGUGAUGGCUGGGCUGGGCGUGGAGAAGCUGGACAAGCUGAUGCCAGACGUGGUGCAGACGGCCAGCAAGGUGGACAUCGCCUCCCACGUCCGCGACGGUUACAUCAUGAUGUUCAUCUACCUGCCCCUCACCUUCGGGGACAGGUUCACCCCCUACGUUGGCCCCAUAAUCCCCUGCAUCCUCAAGGUAGGGGAGCACUCACCAUUCACUACCAUCUCUCCAAUCUCUCUCUCUUUCUCGUUCUGGUUGUGAACACCUCUCACCAGUCUCUCCCUCUCUCCUCGGUAUUACAGGCUCUGGCAGAUGAGAACGAGUAUGUGAGAGACACUGCCCUGCGUGCCGGCCAGCGCAUCAUCAGCAUGUACGCUGAGACUGCCAUUGCCCUGCUGCUGCCUGAACUGGAACAGGGCCUGUUUGAUGACCUCUGGAGGAUUAGGUCAGGCAUCUACCCAUAUAUACACACAAUAUACAUUUUAUGUCAGUAUGUAAUGGUUUUACUUGGCAGUGAUAGUAAUGUAUGCCUCCAUGUUGUCUCUGGUUCACAGGUUCAGCUCUGUGCAGCUGCUGGGAGACCUACUGUUCCACAUCUCUGGAGUCACAGGGAAGAUGACCACCGAGACCGCCUCAGAGGACGACAACUUUGGCACAGCGCAGUCCAACAAGGUAUUCUGACAAAUAUACAUGAUUGUACUGUAUAGAUCGUUGAUUAUAUAGUGGUGUAUAUUAGAAGUAAAGAAUGUUGAAGGUAUGUAGUGUUGCUGCUGAGCUCUCUUCCUCGUCUCCCAGGCUAUCAUCGGAGCCCUGGGUGGAGAGAGGCGUAACCGAGUCCUGUCUGGCCUCUACAUGGGCCGUUCAGACACCCAGCUGGUGGUACGACAGGCCUCCCUCCACGUGUGGAAGAUCGUGGUGUCCAACACGCCCCGCACCCUCCGGGAGAUCCUGCCCACCCUCUUCACUCUGCUGCUGGGCUUCCUGGCCUCCGACUGCCCCGACAAGAGAACGGUAACGCUACUGCUCCCCAAGUCUAGAAUCUAUGGAGUUGUUUCCUUCUUUCCCUCUCACAACUAUUAAACUGUAUCACAUCCCCUUUGUCUAACUCUCUGUUGUCCUGUUCUUUAGUUGCACAUUGUAAGACUUUAGAUUUCUGUUAUUACUGAAUUACAGUAUUCUUGUCUGAAUUUGAGUGUGUUUGCGUUCUGUGUUCUCUCCUGCUUCUGAUCCCUGGGUUACUGAAUGUGACUUCUCUCUCUGGUUGUAGAUCGCUGCGAGGACACUUGGAGACUUGGUCCGUAAACUGGGAGAGAAGAUCCUCCCAGAGAUCAUUCCUAUCCUGGAGGAGGGUCUGCGCUCAGACAAGAGUGAUGAGAGGCAGGGCGUGUGCAUCGGCCUCAGUGAGAUCAUGAAGUCCACCAGCAGGGACGCGGUCAGUUCCUCAACACAUACCUGGCCACUUUUUCCUUUAUUUAACCUGGCAGUCCCUUGAGAUGAGUAUCAAUUUUUCAAGGGAAACCUUUAAAUGUCUUAGACAUAGCAGGGGUAUGUGAUGUGAUGCCAUGGUAGAGCAGUAAGGUGACAAUGUGUGUGUUGUGUAUGUUUCCAGGUGCUGAUAUUCUCUGAGUCCCUGGUCCCCACAGUGAGGAAGGCUCUGUGUGACCCCCUUGAGGAGGUACGAGAGGCUGCAGCCAAAACCUUUGAGCAGCUCCACGCCACCAUAGGUCACCAGGCCCUGGAUGACAUCCUGCCUGCCCUGCUCAAACAGCUGGUGAGAGACACAUCCACACACACACACACCAACAUAAACCCAAUUCACCUCUAAAAAACCCUCUGUAUCCACCAUAGACAUUAAAACCAGUAGAUAGUGAUUGCGCUGACGUCAUCCACGUAUUCCAAUGGAAAACUUCCGAUGGCGCAUGAAGCCGGAAGUAUUUGAAUUUGAAGCGUGCCAUAUUGCUGAAUGGGGCUUGAAUGGCACCAAAAAAUCGCUAAGCAUCAUAGUUCAAGUGGCCGUAACUAGCAAAGGAUCAUGGUCGAUGUCGUAGCUUUCAUCCUGCCUGGGAGAGUCAACCGGGAGCCUCCUCGUAGCCUGCCGGCAUGUGACUGGUCUGUGUCACGUGGUCCUGUGUAACAACAAAUGUAGUCGUCAGAAUGGAUUUAAUAAAAUGUCUCGAUUUGUAGCGAACUUGAUAAGAAUUCACUGUGGGGAUCGAACUCGAUCAUAAUAAACACAUUUUAGAGCUCAAAACAGCCGUCUAAAAAAAUUGUUUGGCCGUUCUGGCGAUCGUAAUUUACAUAGGCUUUCUAGGGCAGACUAGGGCUUUUAGCACUGCUACGUUGUUACGCAGUAGCCGACCAGUAGAGCUCGUGACAUAACGCUCCAGACCAGACACUGGGGGCCUGGUAUCCACACAUUGUGUUCAGUAAUACUCACUCCCCUGUACCUCCCUAAACCAAUUCUGGAGAGGGCAGAGAGGACCCACCAUGGAACAGAAUAUUUACAUUUGACAUUUUAGUCAUUUAGCAUACGCUCUUAUCCAGAGCGACUUACAGUUAGUGAGUGCAUACAUUUUCAUACUGGCCCCCCGUGGGAAUCGAACCCACAACCCUGGCUUUGCAAGCGCCAUGCUCUACCAACUGAGCUACACGGGACCUAUAUAGAGUGAGGUUAAUGUUUCUCUGUGUGCAGGAUGAUGAGGAGACUGCAGAGUUUGCUCUGGAUGGUCUGAAACAGGUGAUGGCAGUAAAGAGUCGCUCUGUGCUGCCCUACCUGGUGCCCAAGGUGAGCUGUCCACACAUUAUACACUACUAACAAUGGUUAAUCUCAAUUAUAAUUUAUUGGAUUUAUAUAACACUUUUCCUGAUGCUCAAAGUGCCUUUAAGUCUUUUAUAGUAUGAGUGUACACUACCGGUCAAAAGUCUUAGAACACCUACUCAUUCCAGGGUUUUUCUUUAUUUUUUACAAUUUUCUACAUUGUAGAAAAAUAGUGAAGACAUCAAAACUAUGAAAUAACACAAGGAAUCAUGUAGUAACCAAAAAUGUGUUAAACAACUCAAAAUCUCUUUUAUAUUUUGAGAUUAUUCAAAUAGCCACUCUUUGCCUUGAUGACAGCUUUGCACAUGCUUGGCAUUCUCUCAACUAGCUUCACCUGGAAUACUUUUCCAACAGUCUUGAAGGAGUUCCCACAUAUGCUGGGCACUUGUUGGCUGCUUUUCCUUCACUCUGUGGUCCAACUCAUCCCAAACCAUCUCAAUUUGGUUGGGGGAUUGUGGAGGCAGGUCAUCUGAUGCAGCACUCCAUCACUCUCCUUCUUGGUAAAAUAGCCCUUACACAGCCUGGAGUUGGGUCAUUGUCCUGUUGAAAAACAAAUGAUAGUCCCACUAAGCCCAAACCAGAUGGUAUGGCGUAUCGCUUCAGAAUGCUGUGGUAGCCAUGCUGGUUAAGUGAGCCUUGAAUUCUAAAUAAAUCACAGACAGUGUCACCAGCAAAGCACCCCCACACCAUAACACCUCCUCCUCCAUGCUUUACGGGGGAAAUACACAUGCGGAGAUCAUCCGUUCACCGACACCACAUCUCACAAAGACACGGCGGUUGGAACCAAAAAUCUCCAAAUAGGACUCCAGACCAAAGGACACAUUUCCACCGGUCUAAUGUCCGUUGCUCGUGUUUCUUCUUAUUGGUGUCCUUUAGUAGUGGUUUCUUUGCAGAAAUUCAACCAUGAAGGCCUGAUUCACACAGUCCCCUCUGAACAGUUGAUGUUGAGAUGUGUCUGUGACUUGAACUCUGUGAAGCAUUUAUUUGGGCUGCAAUUUCUGAGGCUGGUAACUCUAAUGAACUUAUCCUCUGCAGCAGAGGUAACUCUGGGUCUUCCAUUCCUGUGGUGGACCUCAUGAGAGCCAAUUUCAUCAUAGUGCUUGAUGGUUUUUGCGACUGCACUUGAAGAAACUUUCAUAGUUCUUGAAAUUUUCCGGAGUGACUGACCUUCGUGUCUUAAAGUAAUGAUGGACUGUUGUUUCUCUUUGCUUAUUUGAGCUGUUCUUGCCAUAAUAUGGACUUGGUCUUUUACCAAAUAGGGCUAUCUUCUGUAACCCCCCCCCCCUACCUUGUCACAACACAACUGAUUGGCACAUUAAGAAGGAAAGAAAUUCCACAAAUUAACUUUUAAGAAGGCACACCUGUUAAUUGAAAUGCAUUCCAGGUGACUACGUCAUGAAGCUGGUUGAGAGAAUGCCAAGAGUGUGCAAACUGUCAACAAGGCAAAGGGUGGCUAUUUGAAGAAUCUCAAAUAUAAAAUAUGUUUUGAUUUGUUUAACACUUUUUUGGUUGCUACAUGAGUCCAUAUGUGUUAUUUCAUAGUUUUGAUGUCUUCACUAUUAUUCUACAAUGUAGAAAAUAGUAAAAAUAAAGAAAAACCCUCAAAUGAGUAUGUGUUCUAAAACUUCUGACUGGUAGUGUAGUUCUGUGUAUGAAUGCUAUCCUCUCCUCUCCCCUGUCAGCUGACUGCUCCUCCAGUGAACACGCGUGUGCUGGCCUUCCUAUCUGCCGUGGCUGGAGACGCUCUGACACGCCACCUGGGGGUCAUCCUGCCCGCCCUCUACUCCUCUCUGAAAGACAAGCUGGGAACAGAGGAAGGACAGCAGGUAAUAACAGCAUUCAUGAUUACAAGAUGGUUGUAAAGCAGUAGCAAGUGGACGGGCACUACUAUUACAGUCAUCAUCAUGGGGAUAAUAUUACAGUGGUUCUUAGUGGGCUGUUGUGGUCACUAGAUGAUGGCUCUGUCCCCAGGCUCAUAUAACCCCUGUCCUCACCCCACCCGUCCUCUAGGAGCUGGCCAGCUGCCAGGCAGUGAUCCUGUCUGUGGAGGAUGAGGUUGGUCAGCGUAUCAUCAUCGAGGACCUGCUGGAGGCCACCAGAUCACCUGAUGCUGGUCUCAGACAGGCCGCCGCCACCAUCCUGAAUGGAUACUUCUCCCGCACCCGCCUGGACUACAGCGCCCACACACGCAACCUGCUGUCAGGCCUCAUCCGCCUGCUCAACGACUCCAACCCUGAGGUCCUGGUUCAGAGCUGGGACGCCAUCAACUCCAUCACCAAGGUUAGCUGUUGGCACCAUGAGCAUUACAGGCACUGGGAAUUAGUUUGUCAGGGUUUACUGACGUCAUACAGUAUUUGUUAUUCAUGUGUGUUGCAGCUUUAUGCAGCAUUGAUUUUAUAGAUAACCAAAGGCCACUAGGUUAACUGACAUAGUAUGUAUCUAUGUGAGGUAAUGUUAGACUCUUGUUUGUUUGUUUUUGUAGAAACUGGACGCUGGCAGCCAGCUGGCUCUGAUUGACGACCUGCACAGAGACAUCCGAUCAGUGGCAGCAGACGUCAAGGGUCAGCAUCUGCCUGGGUUCUGUCUGCCCAAGAAGGUAAGCCUCUCCUCUAGACACAUAUGGCGCAUUUCCACUGAGGAUUUAGCCCAGUGUUUUACUCAGAAGGCUCAGACUUUUCUGUUACCAUCUACGCGGGCCGGCACCCAUGUCUCACUGGGCCAUGGCUCCGGUGGACCUUAACUUGGAACCAAGCCCCCUGGGUACUUUUCAGCUGGCAUUUACAUAACACUGGCUAACUGUGAACUUUAACACCUUCAAACAAAGCAACAGUCUUGAAUGAUGCAGAGGCUGAAUCUGCUCGCUACAAGUCUUUAGUGUCACACUCCUGAUGGAAACACACUAAAGGCGUCCGCAUGCUUCCCAGCCAAACAGUUCGGAGUUUGUUCAUUCGGAAAGUAUUCAGACCCCUUCCCUUCCACAUUUUGUUACGUUACAGCCUUAUUCUAAAAUGGAUUAAAUAAAAAAAUGUCCUCAAUCUACACACAAUACUCCAUAAUGACAAAGCGAAAACAGGUUUUUAGAAUUUUUGGCAAAUGUAUUAAAAAUGAAAAACAGAUACCUUAUUUACAUAAGUCUCGAAAUUGAGCUCCGGUGCAUCCUGUUUCCAUUUAUCAUCCUUGAGAUGUUUCUACAACUUUAUUGGAGUCCACCUGUGGUAAAUUCAAUUGAUUGGACAUUACAUUUUAGUCAUUUAGCAGACGCUCUAAUCCAGAGCGAUUUACAGUUAGUGAGUGCAUACAUUUUUCAUACUGAUGACACCAACAGUGAAUUGAACAUGGGAGUAUCCCCAUGCCAGCUGUCUGUACCUGCUAAACAACAGGCUGGCAGCUGAUAGGAGAACACUGUGGCAGAUAGUGAAACAUAUCAGUUUGUCGAUGACAAGUGAUAUCCGGACGUAGAUCAUUUCAGCCAAUCAGAGCAGGAACUGCAUAGUGAUUAUGAAUGAUGGCACCAGACUGCGAGAGAGAGAGAGAGAUCCCAAAAAGCCUGGAGUCAUUAAGCCAAGCACAGCCACAUUACAGUACAGACAGUCAUCCAACUUUUUGCCAACAGAGGAGACAGAUUUGCAGUAUAUUUUCACGCCUGUGUAUCAAAACGGCUGACAGGACUGGCAAACCUUUCCAUUACUUUAACUAGCUCUGCCCUGAACUUUAGUCACUGUUAUUAGCCGGCUACCAUCCGGUACUCAACCCUGCACCUUAGAGACUGCUGCCCUAUGUACACAGUUAUUGAACACUGGUCACUUUAAUAAUGUUUACAUACUCUUUUACCCACUUCAUUCUAGUCAAGGCUCAUCCUAUAUAAUUAAUGCUGUACACUCCUUUUCUAUUCAUAUAAUGUCUAUAAUACACCAUCAUAUACAUAUAUAUUUAUAUUCCGGACUCUGACAUUGCUCGUCCUGAUAUUUCUUAUUUCCUUUAUUUUUGGGAUUUGUGUGUAUUGUUUGUUUUGUAUGGUUAGGUAUUGACUGCACUGUUGGAGCUAGAAAAACAACAAUUUUGACAUGAUUUGGAAAGGCACACACCCGUCUAUAUAAGGUCCCACAGCUGACAGAGCAUGUCAGAGCAAAAACCAAGCCAUGAGGUCGAAGGAAUUGUCCGUAGAGCUCCGAGACAGGAUUGUGUCGAGGCACAGAUCUGGGGAAGGGUACCAAGAAAUGUCUGCAGCAUUGAAGGUCCCCAAGAACACAGUGGCCUCCAUCAUUCUUAAAUGGAAGAAGUUUGGAACCACCAAGACUCUUCCUAGAGCCGACCGCCCGGCCAAACUGAGCAAUCUGGGGAGAAGGGCCUUGGUCAGGGAGGAGACCAAGAAGCUGAUGGUCAUUCUGACAGAGCUCCUUAGUUCCUCUAUGGAGAUGGGAGAAUGUUCCAGACGGACAACCAUCUCUGCAGCACUCCACCAAUCAGGCCUUUAUGGUAGAGUGGCCAGACGGAAGCCACUCCUCAGUAAAAGGCACAUGACAGCCCGCUUGGAGUUUGCCAAAAGGCACCUAAAGGACUCUCAGACCAUGAGAAACAAGAUUCUCUGGUCUGAUGAAACCAAGAUUGAACUCUUUGGCCUGAAUGCCAAGCGUCACGUCUGGAGGAAACCAGGCACUGCUCAUCACCUGGCCAAUACCAUCCCUACGGUGAAGCAUGUUGGUGGCAGCAUCAUGCUGUGGGGAUGUUUUUCAGCGGCAGGGACUGGGAGACUAAUCAGGAUCGAGGUAAAUAUGAACGGCGCUAAGUACACCGAUUUUUGAUGAAAACCUGCUCCAGAGCGCUCAGGACCUCAGACUGGGGAAAAGGUUCACCUUCCAACGGGACAACGACCCUAAGCACACAGCCAAGACAACGCAGGAGUGGCUUCGGGACAACUCUCUGAAUGUCCUUGAGUGGCCCAGCCAGAGCCCGGACUUGAACCCGAUCAAACAUCUCUGGAGAUGAAAAAUGUAUGCACUCACUAACUGUAAGUCACUCUGGAUAAGAGCGUCUGCUAAAUGACUAAAAUGUAAAUGUAAAAAAAAUGGAGAUACCUGAAAAUAGCUGUGCAGCGACGCUUCCCAUCCAACCUGACAGAGCUUGAGAGGAUCUGCAGAGAAACUCCCCAAAAACAGGUGUGCCAAGCUUGUAGCGUCAUACCCAAGAAGACUCGAGGCUGUAAUCACUGACAAAGGUGCUUCAACAAAGUACUGAGUAAAGUGUCUGAAUACUUAUGUAAAUGUGAUAUUUCAGUUUUGUAUUUUGUAUAAAAAAUCUAAACCUGUUUGCUUUGUCAUUGUGGGGUAUUGUGUGUAGAUUGAGGGGGGAAUAAAAACAAUUUAAUCUAUUUUAGAAAUAAGGCUGUAAUUUAACAAAAUCUGGAAAAAGUCAAGGGGUCUGAAUACUUUCCCAUUGCACUGUAUAUUAUGGCAACAAUUUGAAGUUUUUGUUCGUUUUGGACUUCGGUAAGGGUUUUUUCGGCUGUUUGGGCACACAUUUUUUCCCCCCUGGAGGCAAGCCGAAGUCGGUAGCCAAAGUCUACGCCCCCUCGUCCGUGAUUGGUGAACAGUAGGGUUUCUUCAAAAAAGUAUUUGUUGUCAUUCAAUGAGAGACGACUCCUUUUCAUGCACAUUAUUUCAUUGAGAAAUACUGCACGAAACAUCAUAGUUAGAUGUAAUUCUGACUAUUUUGAGGAAGUUUAUUGGCUACUGCGUCUUAAAAUGGACAAACAGUACUAUUGCCGCUUUUUUUCUCGUUUUUCAAGCUAAGGUCUUUUUAAGGGAGUAUGCAAGCACACUCCUUCGGUUCACGUUGCCGAAUUCGGCUAGCCGCCAGUUGAACUGAAGCAAGCUGACGCCUUAACACUAGUUUACAUUAGCAACAUGCAUGCCCCGCCCACCUGAGGAUCUGUCUUUAUCAACUAUCUAUUUACUGUGUUUGAGGGUGCAAAAUCCACUUGUCAUUUAACUCUCGCUGGAUUGAUUGCUUUCAUUUUACUCCUGCGAUUCUUUCAUACUCUUGCUUGUGCCUGUCGUUUUCCCCCGUUAAUGUUAUGACCGCUGAAACGUUUACUGACCUGUCAAACACUGGUAAUGGCUGAAAUGGCCUCAAUGGAAUACAUUGUCUUUUUGUUGGAUCUAUAAGAAAGCUUCGUCGGGGAUUUAACGCACUGUUUUGACACUUACAUCACAAGAAAGAGAAGAAAGAUAACUUUAUUUUGAUGGCUGUUCAUUUUUUGUGGAAUUGAAAGUAAUAAUUUAAUACAGUUGAAAUGUUUACAAAUUAGAUGCGCUGAAAUGAAAGCAACUUCCUGAAAUGAACACUCGGAUUAUAGUGAUAUUAUGUUUGAUCUUGCAAACAAUGUCAAGUAUGUUUAGAUGGGUGUAACCUAGAGCCAAGCGUGUUGAUUUUUAAUCCGAGGGUAGCCUGCUAUUGACACACUUGAAUCAUGCAAGAGAAGGUGACAACGUAAUUAAUGAGGCAGUCUAGACCGUGCAUUAGGGUAGACUGAGCAAGUGUUGUGGUUGCAGCCCUGUUUCACACCUUUAUAUUAAUAUAUGCUAAUACCUCUGGUCUAUUUAUGCAAAUGAGGCACAUCAUUUUCUUAAUCUUAACACAAAAUAUUUAAAAAAAACUGAUACAAUAAGUGUAUAUGAGUGCAUUUUAAGAUUUGACAAUAAAUUGACCUGAAUUCCACCAAAAUCCCUGAACACCAUUCAUUAUUUGUCUGUGCCAGAAAUGUUUUAUGUGCUAUAAUUCAGUCAAUAUCUGAUGGAUUAUAAAAAUUCAAAACGUUUAGAGUAUCUUCAUCCAUUGUCCAACUGUUGUAUUUAUUAGAAUUGUUUUUAAAACCUUGUAACAAUUGUGAUGACCGUUGCUAUUAAUACUGGCAACACCCUGGUGUGGGGGUAAGUCUAGAUAGAAAAACACCAAUACAGUCAUAUCUACAAGUUACUCAGGCUGACUAAUGUUAUAAUACCUUGUAUCCUCCCUCGUCUCCUCUUCCUCUUUACCCCUCUUCUUCUCCUCUCUUUCCCACUUCCCCAGGGUGUGACCUGCAUCCUGCCAGUGCUGAGGGAGGGAGUGUUGACAGGCAGUCCUGAGCAGAAAGAGGAGGCUGCCAAAGCGCUGGGAGGAGUCAUCAAGCUGACCUCCCCCGAUGCUCUCCGACCGUCUGUGGUCAACAUCACUGGACCGCUCAUCCGUAUCCUGGGAGACCGCUUUACCUGGACCGUGAAGACCGCUCUGCUAGAGACACUCACCCUGCUGCUGGCCAAGGUCAGUGUCUGCUGAUGAUUCUGAUGUUAAAGGUUGUGUUCGGUAAGCAGAAAAUGGGAGGGGACCUUUUUGGGGGGGGGGGGGGGGUUAAUACAUGAAAUAGUCAUUAAACAACAAUUUUUGCUCUUCCAUUUCUAAAAGUUUUUUCCAUUUUGUGCCUAAUAAACAAUCCUGUAGUUUCCUCCCUGCUGGAAGGAUGGAUGGUGUCUGGCUCUGGUCCUGACCCUGUUGCUCUGCCCGUCUCCAGGUGGGCAUUGCCCUGAAGCCCUUCCUGCCCCAGCUCCAGACCACCUUCCUAAAGGCUCUGCAGGACUCCAGCCGGGCGGUCAGACUGAGGGCUGCUGAGGCCCUGGGCCAGCUGGUCUCUAUCCACAGCAAGGUGGACCCCCUAUUUACCGAGCAGCUCUCUGCCAUCAACAACGCUGAGGACUCAGGAGUCAGGUAUGCAAAACCAUGAAAUUAUGGGAAUGUUUCCGGAAUUUUGCAACCCUCGGGUGUUCAUACUGAGAAACAAUAUCAAGAGUAGUGAUCAGUUCCAUAUAGGAUUCCUCUCAUUUAGAACAUUAUUUUUGAUUGAUUGGAUUUAAUCAAUCAAUCAACCUUGUGAGCCUAGUGUUCUGCUCCCAUCUUUUAGGGAGACCAUGCUACAAGCCUUACGAUUUGUCAUCCAGGGAGCGGGGUCAAAGGUCGACCCAGCCAUCAGGAAAAACAUUACCACGACAUUGCUGAGCAUGCUGGGACAUGAUGAGGUAUGUCCAAAGAUGGUGGAUAAAUGAAGAUGGUUCACUCAGGCCGUUUAACAUUGAAAACAAUUGUCAGUUCUCGUCUACUUAACGGGGUGGGUCUCCCAUAGGCACCAAUGCAAUAGCAGCUGGGUCUGGUCUACCUACAUUGAGCUCAAAGUAUUUGGACGGUGACAAAUGUUUUGUUGUUUUGGCUCUGUACUCCAGCACUUUGGAUUUUAGACUGUCAGCUUUAAUUUGAGGGUAUUUUCAUCCAUAUCGGGUGAACCGUUUAGAAAUUACAGGAGUUUUUUUACAUAGCCCCCCCCCCCCACCAUUUUAGGGGACCAAAAAUAUUGGGACAAAUUAACUUAUGUAUUAUAGUAAAAAGUUAAGUAUUUGGUCCCAUAUUCCAAGCACGCAAUGAUUACAUCAAGAUUUUGACUCUACAAACUUGUUGGCUGCAUUUGCUGUUUGUUUGGUUGUGUUUCAGAUUAUUUUGUGCCAUUUUGGAGUCACUUUUAUUGUAAAUAAGAAUAUAAUGUUUCUAAACACUUCUACAUUAAUGUGGAUGCUACCAUUAUUAUGGAUAGUCCUAACUUAAUCAUGAAUAAUGAUAAGUGAGAAAGUUAGACACACAUAUCAUACCCUCAGACAUGCUAACCUCUCACCAUUACAAUAACAGGGGAGGUUAGCAUUUUUGGGGGGGAGGUAUGAUAUUUAUGCCUUAACUUUCUCACUCAUCAUUAUUCACAAUUCAUUCAGGACUAUCUGUAAUCAUGGUAGCAUCCACAUUAUAUGGAAGUGUUUAGAAACAUAUUCUAUUCUUAUUUAUAAUAAAAGUGACUCCAAAAUGACCAUUCAUUUCUAUUGGGCACAGAUAAUCUUAAACACAACCAAAACAAACAGAAAAUACAUCCAACAAGUCAUAAACUUGAUAUAAUCAUUGCGUGCUAGGAAUAUGGGACCAAAUACUAAACUUUUGACUACUUUAAUACGCAUAUAAGUGAAUUUGUGCCAAUACUUUUGGUCCCCUAUAAUGGGGGGGGACUAUAUACAGAAAGUGCUGUACUUCCUAAACGGUUCAUCCAAUAUGGAUGAAAAUACCUUCAAAUUAAAAGCUGACAGUCCACACUUUAACCUCAUAGUCAUUGUAUCGUUUAAAAUCCAAAGUGCUGGAGUACAGUCUCAAAACAACAACAAAUGUGUCACUGGCCCAAUGCUCACUGUAGUAGACUUUCAUUGAACCAGAAAAAAACAGCGAAUGGGGUGUCUCACUUCCUCUUCCAUCUCUGGUAUGUCUUCGAGCAGACACACUGACUACAGCAUGUACAGUGAGGGGGGAAAAAAAGUAUUUGAUCCCCUGCUGAUUUUGUACGUUUGCCCACUGACAAAGACAUGAUCAGUCUAUAAUUUUAAUGGUAGGUUUAUUUGAACAGUGAGAGACAGAAUAACAACAAAAAAAUCCAGAAAAACGCAUGUCAAAAAUGUUAUAAAUUGAUUUGCAUUUUAAUGAGGGAAAUAAGUAUUUGACCCCUCUGCAAAACAUGACUUAGUACUUGGUGGCAAAACCCUUGUUGGCAAUCACAGAGGUCAGACGUUUCUUGUAGAUGGCCACCAGGUUUGCACACAUCUCAGGAGGGAUUUUGUACCACUCCUCUUUGCAGAUCUUCUCCAAGUCAUUAAGGUUUCGAGGCUGACGUUUGGCAACUCGAACAUUCAGCUCCCUCCACAGAUUUUCUAUGGGAUUAAGGUCUGGAGACAGGCUAGGCCACUCCAGGACCUUAAUGUGCUUCUUUUAGAGCCACUCCUUUGUUGCCUUGGCUGUGUGUUUUGGGUCAUUGUCAUGCUGGAAUACCCAUCCACGACCCAUUUUCAAUGCCCUGGCUGAGGCAAGGAGGUUCUCACCCAAGAUUUGACGGUACAUGGCCCCGUCCAUCGUCCCUUUGAUGCAGUGAAGUUGUCCUGUCCCUUUAGCAGAAAAACACCCCCAAAGCAUAAUGUUUCCACCUCCAUGUUUGACGGUGGGGAUGGUGUUCUUGGGGUCAUAGGCAGCAUUCCUCCUCCUCCAAACACGGCGAGUUGAGUUGAUGCCAAACAGCUCAACUUUGGUCUCAUCUGACCACAACACUUUCACUCAGUUCUCCUCUGAAUCAUUCAGAUGUUCAUUGGCAAACUUCAGACGGCCCUGUAUAUGUGCUUUCUUGAGAAGAGGGACCUUGCGGGCGCUGCAGGAUUUCAGUUCUUCACGGCGUAGUGUGUUACCAAUUGUUUUCUUGGUGACUAUGGUCCCAGCUGCCUUGAGAUCAUUGACAAGAUCCUCCCGUGUAGUUCUGGGCUGAUUCCUCACCGUUCUCAUGAUCAUUGCAACUCCACGAGGUGAGAUCUUGCAUGGAGCCCCAGGCCGAGGGAGAUCGACAGUUAUUUUGUGUUUCUUCCAUUUGCUACUAAACGCACCAACUGUUGUCACCUUCUCACCAAGCUGCUUGGCGAUGGUCUUGUAGCCCAUUCCAGCCUUGCGUAGGUCUACAAUCUUGUCCCUGACAUCCUUGGAGAGCUCUUUGGUCUUGGCCAUGGUGGAAGAGUUUGGAAUCUGAUUGAUUGAUUGCUUCUGUGGACAGGUGUCUUUUAUACAGGUAACAAGCUGAGAUUAGGAGCACUCCCUUUAAGAGUGUGCUCCUAAUCUCAGCUCGUUACCUGUAUAAAAGACACCUGGGAGCCAGAAAUCUUUCUGAUUGAGAGGGGGUCAAAUACUUAUUUCCCUCAUCAAAAUGCAAAUCAAUUUAUAACAUUUUUGACAUGCGUUUUUCUGGAUUUUGUUGUUAUUCUGUCUCUCACUGUUCAAAUAAACCUACCAUUAAAAUUAUAGACUGAUCAUGUCUUUGUCAGUGGGCAAACGUACAAAAUCAGCAAGGGAUCAAAUACUUUUUUCCCUCACUGUAUGAAUGCAACAGAGACGUUUUUAAGGCAGACUACUGAUCGCCCCCGUCUCUUUUAGUGGUAAUUGCUAGAAUUGAGUGCAAAACAAUUAUCAGUUUUAUCUUGCUAGCUAAAUAUAUAUUCUACCUGCAAUACCAGUCAAAACUGUUCGCUGCUCUGGCACCCCAAUGGUGGAACAAGCUCCCUCACGACGCCAGGACAGCGGAGUCACUCACCACCUUCCGGAGACAUUUGAAACCCCACCUCUUUAAGGAAUACCUGGGAUAGGAUAAAGUAUUCCUUCUAACCCCCCCCCCCAAAUUGUAAAGUGGUUAUCCCACUGGCUAUAGGGUGAACGCACCAAUUUGUGAGUCGCUCUGGCUAAGAGCGUCUGCUAAAUGACGUUAAUGUGCCCUUGAGCAAGGCACUUAACCCUAAUUGCUCCUGUAAGUCGCUCUGGUUAAGAGCGUCUGCUAAAUGACUAAAAUGUAAAUGUAAAUGUAAAUACUGAACCUGACAUAAGGACACAAUCAGAUCCAAGUUUCAGUGUCAGUGCAAUGUUACAUUUUAGCUCUGAUCAGACUUGACUUCCGUCAGUCAAGGCAGGAUGUGGCUUUAUGAAAGUGGUUUUCGGCCUCCUUGUGUGUAUGAAAGCCUUAAAGCUGCAAUAUGUAACUUUUUGGGCAACCCAACCAAAUGCACAUAGAAAUGUGUUAGAUCUGUCAUUCUCAUUGAAAGCAAGUCUAAGAAGCGGCAGAUCUGUUCUGUACACUUUCUAUUCUUCCUGUUCUCAAGUUUCAUUUUCGCGUCUUAUACUUUCAGUUUUGUACACCAGCUGAAAAUACAAUAUUUUUGGUUAUGGAAAAUAUAUUUAAGUGGUUUUGCUUGUUUUGUCACAAACUGAAAUGAACCAGGUGCAUCUUUAAGUAGACUCAUGUCGGUGUGUGUGUAGGAUGCUACACGAAUGUCCUCAGCAGGGUGUGUAGGAGAGCUGUGUGCCUUCCUGUCUGAAGAGGAGCUGAGAAGUGUGUUGCUUCAGCACGUCCUGGGUAGGAAUUUACACUGUCACACCAUAUUCUCCACCACACACUACCCCUUACGUGGCACAAACAUUCACACUUAUGAUAAAAGGUAUUCACACAUUCAUUAACCCUUUAUAAUUUCUUACACUUAAUCCUUUACAGUUGUGGGAUUUGGCCUAUAUGGAUAGGGCUAAAUUGAAAUGUUUCUUACAGAAUAAAUAUGAAAUGCAUAAGCAUGGUAGCAAUUGAAAGGGGACAUUUUGGAGAUGGAAAUGAUUAGACCAAAGUUGAGGACACAACAGUUCACAAGACAGAUUUUAUGUGAAUUUUACAUUGAAUGUACUUUUCGCCGCAUUUGUUGAUAAAGAAGUCUGAAAAUACUCUGGAUACAUUCAGUAACAUAAGAAUAUUUUUGGAAAAUGUGGGGUAAGUGCAACAUAAGAUAAAAAAAAGACAAGGGUUUGAGUGAGAGGACUAACUGGUGUCCAAGUGGCCACACACCUUUCCAAAGUAAUUUCAAUGCACUUUUAUGUUGCAAUGUCCACAAAUUGGUAAAGAAAAACAUCUUAUACCACUUCCUGGUCUUGUGGUGGACCUGGUAGUAGCCUAUCAGAUAGGUCGACACGCCCCAUGCUGGCAUUGUAGUCCUUCACAGAAACAGGAAUGGGGACAUUCUUCCUCACCCUUGCAUGCCCCAUUGGCAUUUUUCACCCUCCUUGAGACUUGGUCGUUAUUGAAUGCCUUAUGCUGUGUGGUGAGCAUGGUUACUUCCCUAGUGUCCCAUUUCACAAAAAGCAGCUUGUUAGUCCUGAUCCAACGUAUGGUCCCCCUCUCCGCUGUCUUUGUCAUGUCGCUUACCUUGGUCUUGGGUAAACACAUUCUGUUAGGACGAAUGGUGCCGAAUGGUGCCACAAGACCCUAUUUUCUUUUUCAAGAGGUCUAUGAAAAGUGGAUAUAGAACCAUCAGACUGGGUGUUUGACAUAGCAAUAGGGGGUGAAGACCGGCGGGGGCGCUUGCUGGGGAGGGGUGGCUCCCAAACGUCAUCAUCUAAAUCCUCUGCAUCCUCCACUCUGUGGUGAAUAAAAUGAAGGGAUAAAUUGUUGUAAGACACACAGAAUUACCAUUGACUAAAUUUACAAAACGACAUUACUGUAAAGUAAAAACACCAAGCCUAAACUUUAUCUGUACAGUUAUUCAAAUAGGUGUGAAACACACAAUGCAAACAGUAACACUUUGGAGACAAAGGCAGAGGUGAGAACCACAAAUAAACAAUGGCCAUGAGAGUUUAGUGGCUUCUCCAAAGGAUGAAACAUAGAACAGCAAACAGUGAACUAAUAUGAAACAGACAACUACUUUGGAAUUAUUUAACAUUGAAAUUACUUGUUACAUAGGCCUAUGUAAACUAAAUCCAAAGCACAAGUACAUAUUGUAAGUUAGCUAAAUAAAGUCAUGAAAAUAAUUUACUUACAGAUCUAAAAGUGAAUCCAAUCCUUCUAGAAAGCAAUCUUCGUCGGCCGAGUCGAAAUCCUCGUUGUCCAAAUCGCUCACCAGAUCCGAGUCCGACUCCAGUAUUUUAUUCAAAGCUUCUAUGUCGGUAUACUUAUUCAUAGCUGCGUUCUUUUUAUGUUCCUGUUCGAUAUUUUUAGUUUCCCCCCUUGAGAAGCCAUGGGUCAACUGCAUAUCCCUGGCAUGCUUACCUCAUUGGCUACAAGACUGUCAAGGUGCCAUAGUAGCCAAUUCCCUGUGUAAUGGAUGCCUACAGCGCGUAAGCACGCAAAGAUAGUCACUCGGUGGACAUUUGAUGUUGAAAUUAAGUCAUACAUCAUCAAAUAACAUUGGCAAUUUGCUAGAUUUGUUCCUACAAACCUAUGGAUUAAUUAGAUACCCAUCACGUAUUUAUAGCUCAAACACAGACCAAAUCGAAGCUUACCUUGUAAGAUGUUUGCUGUUCGGUGAAAACGUUGUGUAAAAUAAACAUUUUGACUCUCAGGGUUGGUGGUCAAUAACGGUAGCUAGGUCAUAGGCAGACAAAUAAGACAUCCUCAUGAUCUGUGGAGUCCCUGCUUUCGGUGUGUAUCAACGUAUUCCGUGUUUAUUUCGUUUAUGCUUCACAACGCUAACCGGAAUGUAGGUAGCAGCCAUCUUCAAAUUAGAUCAUCGGCUCGGCCUGUCCUUAUAAGUUUGUAUGCCCAUAUGAUAGUAAGUACACCAAAGAUUUUAAGGCACCGAUCAAUAGCCAAGAUACUCACUUUUCCACAGACACCCUGCUUUUGCAGAUAGGGGCUACCGUUCUCAUACCAGACUGAAUUGAAUAAAAAAAGUCAUAUGGGGACUUUACAUUUAAGAGGUUAGUGGCCAAAUCUGCAAUUUUCAACCCAUAUACGGGUACGAGUGUAAAGUGCUACCUCUCACUCUAUCAAAAUGAUAAUGUAGUAAGGAAAGACAUUCAUGUUUGUACUAAGUAGUACGAAAAAUGUAUGCACUCACUGUAAGUCGCUCUGGAAAAUAGUGUCUGCUAAAUGACUAAAAUGUAAACAAAUGUAAAUGUACUAAAACUGUGCUCUCUCUUCUCCUAGCUGACAUAUCAGGCGUGGACUGGAUGGUGCGUCAUGGUCGCAGUAUGGCCCUGGCCAUUGCAGUAAAGUCUGCCCCUGAGCAGCUGUGUGUGGAGGAGUACAGUUCAACUGUGAUGGAGGCCAUCCUGGCCAAUGCCACCGCAGACAGGGUAGAAACAUCAUACAUUUGGUCAGAUCUAAGUGGAUACUGAUCCCUUUAGUUUACUAAUUCUGUUCACCCAGACCAUGGAAGGAUUUGCUUUCCAAGCACUCUCUUCCCCUGUCUUGACCCUCUCUGACUAAACACUGCCCUGUCCUGUCGUCUCCUCAAGAUCCCCAUAGCCACCAGUGGGAUCAGAGCCAUGGGCUACCUGAUGAGACAUCAUCUCAGAACCGAGGAAGGAAGUGGCUCAUCACACCGCAUUAUCACACAGUUUGUCAAGGUGAGGCGGGGGUACUUUCUCUUUUAUGUCACUUUUUUCCCAUUUACAAAAAUGUUUUGCCAAUCGAGCACUGAAAGUGGGUAUAUUGUUUAACAUUUGGGGCGCAUGAAUAUGGACAUUAUCUGUAAGAAAUAAGAACACUAUGACAGUGCUCCUCUGAGGAUUUGUCAGUAACCUCUCCCCUGUCAUUUCCCCUGCAGUGUCUCCAGAACCAGUCCAGUGACAUCAGGCUGGUGUCGGAGCGGGUGCUGUGGUGGGUGUUUAAGGACAAGGCCACGCCCUCCCUGGAGCCCGCCCUCAUCAAGCCUCUAGUGAAGAGCCUGCUGGACAACACCAAGGACAAGAACACCAGCGUCAGAGCCCAGAGUGAACACACCAUCGUCAGCCUGCUCCGACUGCGGCAGGGAGAGCAGACCAUGCAGGUCAGUGACACACACACACACACACAAAUAAACAUCCACACAGUCUCAAUACUCAUUAUAAAGAGGACUAUACCUGGCCUGAUGGAUUUAAGUUGUGCAUUGUGCAUCUGGUGUACUUAUCCAAUAAUAUGCAAAUCUCUCACUCUGUAAUGUUAUGUUUCUCUUUCAGAGCGUUAGUGCCAUCCUUGACUCCGCAAGUAAUGACCUGCUGUCUGACUGUCACCGCCGCUCCCUGAAGAAGAUCUCUAGUCUUCCAGACUCUAACGAAGAGAUUGACGACACCAUCCUCACGUGAUGGGCAGGACAGAUCACAGCUUGACAAAUCCAUGCUGUUGCUCAUGUACUCAGAAAAGACCUCCACAGCAAUCAUGAAAAACUCUGCUGUUACGUCUUACAAAUAAAUACAUCUAUGGAGAGAGCCCUCACACACACAUACAUCCCCAUUAACUCCAUGUUAUCCAUGGACCAAGGAAAAGUAUGAACUUACUCGCUUUACUUCAUAUUCCCCCCUCUUUGGACAAUUAUUUUAUUUGUUGUUUUAGUGGCUCUAUAAACAUACAUUUAGAAUAUUUGUUUCAUCUCACAAAGUGCAGUUAAAACUCCUGAGUGAGCUCACUGCAUAAAGAAAGUAAUUUGUGCCAAUUCCUUUUUGACAUUUAAAUGUAUUCAAUAUCCCUCUUAUUUUAUUGCAUUUAUUUCGAGCAUCACUGACACCAGUUUAACAAAGCAGCAAUUACAUUUCUCCCAUUGCUUUUCCUCUGGGUUUUAUACCUGCUUUUGUGUGUGUGGGGAAUGCAACCUGUUAUCUUUAUGAUAAAGUUGAUAUUCUAAUCAAUUAUACGGUUGUAAAAAAAAUCAAAUAAAGACCUUGAUUUGAUAA